CAAACAUGAACGGGACCUGAAAUGGUACUCAGGCCAAAAGAAGAAUGCGCAAAGCGAUAAAAGAACUAAUACAAAAAAUUGAUUUACGUGACAUCGUCCAAUUUUUGAGCGGAAAACUUGUCUUAAGCGCUACUUUGAUUUCAUGGAUCAAGUAUCGUCUAAAGUGAUACACGAUGUUAGUGGUCAGAAGAAACUUAUUAGUUUCAACCCAAUCCAGGGCCGAAUCACAACUCAAACAGUCCGGGAUGAAGAAGAAUAUAUGGAGCAUCUGGGAAAAAUAAUACAACGGGAUUUUUUCCCCAGCCUUACCGCGAACGAAGAAAAGGGAGCUGAUGAUGAAUCCAGUGAGCUUAAAGAUAGAGGUGCCCUUCGCACCGAUUCUCAUAACCCUGAAAAGAGUAGACAUUGAAUUGGAAAGUAACUUGGAGACUUUAGGUGAUCCAACUGCUAUGUCUUUGGAUAAAUACAUGGCUAAUAAUACCACGGAAGAUGAUGCAUCCUUCGCUGAACUAGUUGAAGAAAACGAAAAAAAGCAGAGAAUUAAACUGGCUCCAUUUUUCCCCUCUCUCCAGUGUUCUGCACCUGCACCUUUGGACGAUCCAAAAACCUUGGCUCUCCCUGGUGUUUCAAAUGCUGUUGUUGGACCUAGGAUCACAAUUACUGGGAACAAUGCUGUUCAUUUUAAUCCUGAUGGUGUAUCUCAAACCAGGGAGGAAUUGCUGGAAUUUUUGUCAAAGGAACGCAAAAUCGUACCAACUAAUACUCGCUUCAAGAGACCUUUUCCAGUAAAUCUGGAAAAAAAACGUACAAUGAAACAUUUACUUGCAGCAAAGCUGGGUCGUGUCGGUCUUAAUGGUUUAGAAAUGAAUUCACCAUACGGAACUCCUCAGGCUUCUGGGUAUAAAUUUCUUGAUUCUUCCCCUUCACCAAUGACAAUGUUUCCUCACACACCUUUAAUGACUUGGGGUGAAUUGGAUUCGACACCGUUCCGACUAGAUGACAGCGAAACGACACCAUCAGUUGUAUCUGGUGGUCCAGCCUUUCGUAUCCCAUCUCCUUCUCAACGUGAACAGCUUGCCCACCAAUUAGCAGAUAAAGCAAGUCGUCAACGUGUGCGUGAUCGUUUGGAAGCAGUUAAAAGAAUGCAGUCAGUAGCAUCAAGUCCAUCACGGUCGCUACUCUCUCCUGCUGCUCUUCGUUUACUCGCUUCUAGCUCAUCGAUUAUAAAUAACGAACCAAACAGCCGACCUUCAACUGGCACUGCUCGUAUUGGUGGGCAGACAUGUUCUCCUCUUCCCAAAGUCAAUACUCCUCGGCGUGUUCCAUCUGAUUUGGGUGUUGUUAGACGUCCAAAUUCAGCACGUUCAACUCCUAAUUGCGAAUCGGUGAAACCGAACACUACUCAUAAGAAAAUUCCUCUAGAACGUGGUGAUAUCCAGGUUGAUAAACCGGAAUCUUCUUCAUCAAUUACAGAUAACUUACUGAAUUUAAAAUGUCAAAAUUUGUGAUUCUUUGUAUUUAUCAAAUCAGGAAAAUUUCAUGUAGAUAUGCCUCCAUUACUAUACUCAGACCUAUACUAUUUUGUACAGUAAAUGAGUACAGUUUUUCUCUCUGUGAUUUGCUUCUCAAUUAAAUUUCUUGUUAAUUGAGUCCUUUUUGUUAAGUUUUACACUGUUCAAUACUAAUUCAUACAGACAUUAAGUCAUGUAUUGAACGUGAAGUUUAUUUUUUGUAUUCCUUAAAUGAUGACUAAAACACGAGUAGUAUCAAUAUCUAAGUAGUUUAUUAUACAUCAUUUGUUGUCAAAGCAAACGAUAUAUCAAAAUUAUCAUUACAAUAUCUUGCUUUUCGAGAAAAAGAAAUCAGUUUGUUCGUAAAGUCGGUUGAUAAACCGUCUUGAACUGGCUCGGUUUAAUCCGGAUUUUGAGAAUCUUAUCAGCUUACAUUUAGUUUUGUACCAGAAUAUCAUAAACUGCUGGCUUACACUUUUUGUGCGUAUGUAGCUUUGUUUCGAGCUCAAUAGUUAAGGGGGUGAGGUUCUGUGCACAUUUUGGAAACUAUAUUUUAAAUACUUAUUUCGUAAUAAUACCCUGGUACGGUUGAGAGUGAAGAGAGAAGCUCUCCUUCUCUCUCCCUCCCCCAUGUGCAUACAACCGCCAUCAAGGAAGUCCUAUUCACAACCUUCUUGAGUCGGGGCUGUUGUUUACGAAACUGAGGGGACGAAAAGCGAACGUCUGGCGCUUUAACCGGGUUAAUGGGCACGGCGUAUCCACCAAGGUGAAUUGGGAAUCCCUGAUUCCAAACCAAUGGUUCAGAUGGGCUCUAGGAUCCUGAGUGAACAAAUGGCAUAUGAAUCUGUUGUUGGUCACCGGCUACAAUGGGACUGCAUCUUCUGACGUUGCUCCACUGCCUUGUGGAUCAGACCUUUAGGUCAAAGGCUCAGGGAGUGGUUUCCUAAAGAAACUACCUGCUUCGAUCUGGGCACCCGGCCAGU